GGGUGGUGGCCGCUGUUUUGCUUCAUUGCUUUCCAGAUCGGCCCACGGAAGCAUGGGAAUGUUGCAAGGAACUGUAUGACGAAACUUGUGUUUAAAGUGCUGGAGAAGUUGCUCUAAGUUCCCCACAAGCUGUUCCACCUCUCAGGAGCUCGGCUGCAGUAACAGAAAGGCCGGUACGGGAACACUGUUGGGACAUUUCACCACCGAGCAAUCCCGGACAAAGGGACCGGAGAGACUUGUGAGCUAACCGGGGUAACUUAGCAUUCCUCUAGCUGCAGCGCAAUGCAGGCCAUAAAGUGUGUCGUUGUCGGAGACGGAGCUGUGGGUAAGACCUGCCUGCUCAUCAGCUACACCACCAAUGCCUUUCCUGGAGAGUACAUCCCCACAGUGUUCGACAACUAUUCCGCCAAUGUUAUGGUGGACGGGAAGCCGGUGAACCUGGGACUUUGGGAUACAGCGGGACAAGAAGAUUAUGACAGACUCCGCCCACUUUCCUACCCGCAAACGGAUGUGUUUCUCAUUUGCUUCUCGCUUGUGAGUCCUGCUUCAUUUGAAAACGUCCGUGCCAAGUGGUAUCCCGAGGUGAGCCACCAUUGUCCCAACACUCCCAUCAUCCUGGUGGGAACCAAGCUGGAUCUGAGAGACGAAAAGGACACCAUUGAGAAGCUGAGGGAGAAGAAACUCAGUCCAAUCACAUAUCCCCAAGGACUGUCGAUGGCCAAAGAGAUCGUUUCCGUCAAGUACCUGGAGUGCUCAGCCUUGACUCAACGUGGCCUUAAAACUGUGUUCGACGAGGCCAUCCGGGCCGUGCUCUGCCCUAAACCCCGCCCGAAGAAAAAGAAGCCGUGCUCUCUCCUCUAAGACUUCCUCCACUGGAGCGGUUACAGGGAAACAUGGCCGCUAAUGGUGAGGGGUUGAAAAAUACGCAGGAGAAACACACCAGUAUACACACAAAAACAAUAUACUUCAGAUUCUUUCCUUCCAUAAAUAUAGCUAUCGCAGAUCUACCAACUGUUUCCAUGAAAAAUUGGAAGAUGAUAGACCCUAGCUCUUUCCCAACAAAAAAUACUGUAUAGACAACACUAUGAAAUUCUUGAGGCCUUCUUGGAUGUUUUGUAAAAAAUAGACCGUGGAAUGUUUUCAAUUUGCUCUUCCACUUCUUGUCCACCUUUUAUUGUUUACAGUCUUGGUUGUUUGUUUUGAGUGGAAGAAAUAUUGCCAAAUGCAUCCUACGGACGUGCUGUAUUUUAACAGAAAAUAAAAUCUUUGUUCUUUUGUCUCAACCAGUUUUAAACCUUUACAAUAAAGCUGACAGUUGGCUGUUGUGUGCUGCUGUUAGUUCAGCUCCAUCAUCAAUGGCAUUUUAUUCAUUUUCUCUUCGCGAGGGCGGUCACGUGUCGGCGCACAGUCAACAAGGAACUUGAAUUUAAUCAACUGUGAAGUUCUUUUUACUUCAACUUACUGUUUGUGCACCAUAAAUCUCUUUACCGGUUAGUUUUCAGUCCUAGCACAUGAUUCAUUGUAAUUCAUUCCCAUGGAUUGAAUGAUGCCUAAGACGCACUGAAAUAUUUGACCGGGGAACAGAUCUUCAGAGACUAACUGUGCUAUUAAACCCUGACAAAUCUAAAUGAUCCAGUAUUUUAUGUGUUUGGCUCAAAUCGGACUCAUGAAGUUCAUGGUAUUAUAUUUUUCGCAAUCCUUAGAAGUGUCUCAACUGUGUAGCUGCCCAGGAGUGAAACGCUGAAAACUUUAUUAGAUGUUGGAUUACACCUGUUUUGGUGGCGGGGGGAAAAAGAGCACCUUUUAUGCUCUAUGGGCAUUGAUCAGAAACAUUUUGUGCAGCACAUUUGAUUUUUAACAGCAUCACUACUAGCUAAGCAAAGUCACUAAGAAGAGCAUCCAUGCCUGCUAAGAACAGUAACAAAGCUGCUGUCGGUUAUGGUGUAGAAGACGGUGUACUCAUCUUUUUGUUUUAAUCAUGUGAUUUGACUGUUUUGUAUCAUUCUUCACAGAAAUUACACUUCACUCACUGUAUUGUUUAACUAACACUAUGAAUAUCCUUUUGUUUAUUACCUCUACAGUUAACGCUACCUUAAUCUCCCUACAAGCCUAGCUUUUUGUAAUUAAUGCUGAUAGCAUGUAUGUGCAACAUAUACUGAAAACUAAGAUUUAGAAUUGCAACGGUUAUAUUUUUUGCCUAUUUACAAAGUGUAUUUGAAUUACUAGAUAAGGGGUUAAGUACAUGUUGCUCAUCUGUAUUGUAUUCAGACAUCAAGCUGUGCUUUAAUUUAAGCCAAUGUUGUGACUCUUUAGUCUUACGGAUAAAAGCUAUUGUCACUUUUUGAAAAAGCCAAUAAAUUCAAGUAAAAUCGA